CCGCGCUCCGUCGCCCAAGCCAGCCAUUUUGGUUCGUUAACAUGGCGUCGCCGCCGGAGAUUAAUAUGGCGUCCUCGGACAUAAUAACCGAAGUGGAGAUUCAACCGGACAUCCAGGAGGUCGAGAUAGAGGCGAUACCGGUGGAGAUACCGUGCGAGACCGUGGAGACGACGAUCGAGGGCGAGGACGGGCAGCCGAUGAUAGCGCUGCAGCCGCUGCCGGAGCCGGGCCGCGAGGAAAUCAUACUGCAGACGCAGGAGGAGAUCGUCGGCGCGGACCCGCUCAGCGUGUACGACCAGAUCCCGGUGCCGGACAACGACAUUUAUGUCGAGUCCAGCCCCGGGCCGUCGCGUAAGGCCGCUAAGAAGGCGCGCAAGAGCGGCGGCGCGCGUUUCCGCGCGUCCGACCACGCGAUCUUCGGCGAGAUGGCAACCGAGACCAAGACUAGGAAGUGGGAGCAAAAGCAGGUGCAGAUCAAGACGCUCGAGGGCGAGUUCUCGGUAACGAUGUGGGCGUCCGGCACGGACGACGGUAACCUCCUAUUAGCGCCUGACCUGGAUGUGGAUGUUCCAGAUGAAGGUUCGAAUCCAGAACCGGAUCCCGACUACACGGAAUACAUGACGGGCAAGUCCAAUGCCAAGUUCAAUUCCAACAGCUCGGUGUCGGACGGUAUGCCCGGCUUGGAUCUUUCGGAUCCGAAGCAGCUCGCCGAGUUCGCGCGGCCCGGCCAUAAGCUGAAGGUGCGCAAGCCGCCGGUGAUGGACGGCGUCGAGCGAACGAUCGCGUGCCCGCAUAAGGGCUGCACGAAGAUGUUCCGCGAUAACAGUGCGAUGCGCAAACAUUUGCACACGCACGGGCCGCGGGUGCACGUGUGCGCGGAGUGCGGCAAAGCCUUCGUCGAGAGCUCCAAGCUCAAGCGGCACCAGUUGGUGCACACGGGCGAGAAGCCGUUUCAAUGCACCUUCGAGGGCUGCGGCAAGAGGUUUAGUCUUGAUUUCAACCUACGUACUCACGUGAGAAUCCACACCGGUGACCGGCCGUACGUCUGUCCGUUCGACGGGUGCAGUAAAAAAUUCGCACAAUCGACGAACCUCAAGUCGCACAUAUUGACUCACGCGAAAGCCAAAUCCCGGAACGCGAUUGGGAGACAAGUACAACAAAUUCAACUUCAACAGCCUCAAUUUGUCCAAGUUGAAGUUGCAGAUGUGGACAAUCAACAGUUCAUUGUCUACGCCGAUUAGCCCCCCUAAACGUUGAUCUCGUAUAAACUCCCGCUGAACACUACUACUGAAGUAUCGUAACCAUUAAUUAUUAAUCUAAAUAAUGUACAUAUUUUUACGGCGCGUACAAGUGAUGUCAUUGCACAUGACACGGGCAGUCAACUAGCUGUCUUAAGAGAAUUAAUGGAAGAAUAAUACCUCUGUGCUUAGAUACGAAUUACUUGAGAUAAUGUCUGGAGCACUAUAUUACCGUAACACAUGAGAGGGCAAAUAAAGUUAAGAGAGAUUUCAAAAAAAAAUAAAGAAAAGGAAAAAAAAGAUAAUGUACCUUCUAAGAUACCGCAAGCUAGACUGUGUUGCGUACUGCUCAAUUUCUUGUUCUAUCAAGAGAAAUCGAGUGCGCUUGCAUAAAACAUAUAUAUACAUAUACACACAUACACAUACACACGAGACUGUAUAUAUAUAAAUAUAUAUAAGUACAAUUAAAAUAUUGUAUACAGUAUAUUUUGGAGAAAUUCAGAUGGGAAUAAACCACGAAGAUGCAUCUUUUUCCGUCGGACUCAAUUGUACCAUCUUGGUAAUAUACGACUUUUACACUGUAUUAACGCUGAAACUUGUUGAUAGUUGACGAUGGGGUGAGAGGGAGGAGGAGGUGGAGGUGGAGGAGGAGGAGGUUACGCGUGUGUAACGCAUAUUACGAGAUCCGUGAAUGUCACGCAAUCUUUAUCGUGCCGAGUCGUACGGUACUGUCUUUCGUUUUGUAUCGAGGGAUGCAUAAUCGGAGAGAUGUCGCGACAAGAUGUUUGACGGAUACGGAAAAAAAAAUAGGAGUAACAGGGAUGACGUGUAGCGAAAUGAUUAACGAUAGGGUGUAGUCAAAGUGCUGGAGUAAUCGUUGACCGAGUUAAAGCAUAAGAAUUGGAAUGUCUCAAAUAUUACGUUAAUAUGACGCAAAAUCGGUCGAAAGGUGUUUCCACGGUAACGUAAUCGAAACGAGAAAAUUGUACAAAAGAAUAAGUAUAUCGAAAUGACGUUACUGCAUCCCGAUGUGAUAUUUGCGUAAACGUUGCGACGUCGGCACGCGCAUCGAACGACUUGGAACGACCUUGGCGAUACUUGAAAUUUCGAGUAAGAAGCAAUACAGCCAUGGACAUAGAUUUAAUAUCGAAUUAGAAUAAAAUGUUUACUGCGUGCAUCUCCCAUUACGUCACUGAUCAUAAUUAUUCGCAUAUCAUAAUUUUAUACGCGCGAUGUUAACAGGCAUACUUACGACAUAAGUGUACAUGUGCACCAGCCUGCAUUAGGCGAACUUCGGACAAUUUGUUUAAAUCCUGUAAAGUAUAUAUUCUUUCAUAAAAAAACAAUUUUACUUUGCAGCUGUACAUAAUUCUUGUAGCUGUACCCACUUGCUGUCGGUAAUGCGUUUUCUUGUACAACCCAAUAUAUCUUUUUAUAAAAAGAAGUGAUAAAAAUUGAUUUUUUAAAAGUGAUUUAGUGCUUAGACAAUGGUUCGACCACCAUUUUUUUGUCAAUAAACUUUCUAUUCUUCAUGGCAGUUGUUAUACUUCAUUUAGGGUUGGAACAACUGGCCCUUAGUAGGUUUCUUAUUUGAAAGAUAAAAAUAUGUAAUGGUAAAAAGGGUAACUUGAAAUUUUUAUAUUGUACGGUCUAAGUUUUAUUAAUUCAACAUUUGCGAGAAAGCGAAAAUAUAACUGCUUCAAAACAUGAUUUUUAAGUUUGGAUAUUAAGUGCAGAUAACUAUCCAACAAGAAAAAGCAUCAUGCUAUUUGCUUUUCGAAAGUAAUUAAGUAAAUAUGUGUGUGUAUUAUAUCAAUUCUACUCGCAGAAGCUAGGGAUAAAUUUCUAUUCUUUAGAAAAGAAUGAAUAGAAUUUGGUUUAUAAUCGUAAACCUUUGCACUAGCCCGUGCGCAUCGUUUUUCACGGUAUACGUUAAGUUCGAUAAUUUAUAUAAAAAUACAAUGCAAAAUAAAAAAAAUAUAUAUUUCUAUGCUUA